UUUUCAAAAUAACAUAAAGCUUUUAAGCAGUGCAAAUGUAUUUAUUUCUAUAGCAAAGUUAUGUAAUGCUAAACUUUAACGAUAAAAACAAGGGUUCGGGGCGUAAAUAAAAGUAAAGGAAAAUAAAAAGUAAUUAAACAAAUUUUCGGCAGUCCAAACAGUGAUCUUGAACAAUUAAAAUAUAUUUAAGAGUUUUCAAAAAGGCAACAACAUGCUCUCUGCUCCUCCGGGCUGUGACUCUGUAGCUCUGGGUUUAUGAAGUCAAUCUGUAGCAUCGCAGUUGAAUUAAUCAGAUCGAGAAGAGCUCUGAGUUCAGCCGGAGGAGAGAUGAUGUGUAAAGAGCUCAAGACCAAAGUGCUGCGACUGUCGUCCGUCCAUCAGGAGGGAAACACAGAUGGUGCUGACAUCCUGAGUUGCACGGCGAAGGCUCUGAAGGAGGGCAAUGUGGUCGGCGUGCCCACAGACACCAUCUACGGCCUGGCGUGUCUGGCCCAGAACUCCGCAGCCGUCAGUAAAACCUACGACAUCAAAGGACGAAAUGGACACAAACCGCUGGCCAUUUGUGUGGGAGAAAUCCAGGAUAUCUAUAAGUACUGUAAGGUGAAGGUGAAGGAAGCGCUGUUAGGUGACCUGCUGCCGGGUCCCGUCACUCUGGUGUUCGAAAGAUCCGAAGUACUAAACCCAGAUCUCAACCCCUUCACUUCACUCGUAGGCGUUCGUAUCCCAGACCAUGCCUUCAUGAGACGCCUUUGCCAGAUGUGUGCUGAACCUCUCGCACUUACCAGCGCCAACAUCAGCUCGCACACCAGCACUGUGGCCGUACAUGAGUUUCAGGAGCUCUGGCCCCAACUUGCAGUGGUGGUGGAUGGCGGACCAAUAGGAGACCAGAGCCGCCUCGGAUCAACAGUGGUCGACCUAUCGGUACUCGGCAAAUACCGCAUCAUCAGACCUGGCUGUGCCUUUUCUUCCACGGUUGAUGUGCUGCAGCACAAAUAUGGCCUGUCAGAGGACUCGGGGGAAGUUUGACCUUUGUACUCUCCACACUCCACAACACACGCUGAGACGCACAACCAGCGCUGACCACGGGGCUCCUUCAGAAAAGAUGAAUCCUUCUCAUGUUCACAGGGAAGAACGAGUCUUUCCCUGGAAGGAUUGGAAACUCAGGAACAGCUCGAUGGCCGAUAUUGUUCUGGUGGCUGCUUUAAUGUCUGGAGUAACUUAUUUUUCUUUUGAUGAUCAUAUUUUCUGCCGUACUAUGCGUCAACUAUCAUGGGAUUAUGUGGGAUUUUAAAGUGUCACAGUUCUCUACCAUUUAUUCAGAACAAGCUCAGCUAUACAGUAUGGGAUUUAUUAUUUUGCAUCUUUUUGUAUUGCCAAAGCAACAUGUCUUAACGGAGAAUACAAUGGUUUGAGUUUUUAUUUUAAUAUUUCCUUUUAUGGCCUGAAUACUUCGUUGUGGAAUUCUGUGAAUAGCAUUGACUAUACAUCAAACUUGAGUACAGAACUAUAUUUUAUUAUUAACCUAUGAAUCCCCUGUAUUUAUUUUAUCUGCAUGUCAGUUUACCAGUGUGAGGCUUGCACGAUCAUUGGUCACCUGCUACAGUUUCAGUAACUGUUCUAUAUUGUAGUUUAAACUACAUUUACAAGUUUGAAAAUACUGUAAUAUUUCAGAUUUGUGUUGGUUAGCACAUAUGGUGCCUUCAAAGAAAGAAAAACAAUAUACGACUAAAAUGACAACAUAUUAACCUACUAUGCACUGAAAAAUUAACUUCCAUGGCCUCUGCCAUUUCCUGACAACGUCAACAAACACGUCACAACUCGUGAGCUCUGAGUUUUCAGAAACUUUCCGCUUACGAUGUCGUGAAUACCACAAGAGGGGGACGUUAGUAUGGACUCUUCUCGUGAACACUUAAACACGACCCCAUUUGAAGGCACCAAUAGGCCAAGUGGAUAUGACAUUCUUCUGCCCACUUGCAUGUUGAAAACACCGUCUGACAUAAACUUGUUUUGAUGGAUUGUACAACCUCGGCACAGCCACAAUAAAAUAUUUUUUUCAGUAUCACAGUCUUAUUCAUGCAUAAGAAAA